AUGCCGAAAGGUUCAGCCUGGACUCUCGAAGCCUAUCGCGACUUCUCCAGAGCCGUCUGGGAGGUUGCCAAGUUGACGACGGAGCAGAAGCAACAGAUCCUAAGCAAACUACAUGAUGUCGGUUAUGAAUUCACUGGAAAUGCUAUGAGACAGCACUUCCAAAAGAUGAUACGAGAUGAGAAGUCGGAAUCGCAGCAGAACGCCGCUUCCGGCUCUUCACCUGAUGCCGAUCAACCUGCUACCAAGGAGAAGGCAGCACCCCGCCCCCGUUCUGCCCGCACCCCUCGCGCCGGCGCCAAACGCAAGGCUAAGGCACCAGUCUCCGACGAUGAGGUGGAGGAGGAGGAGAAGAAGACACCUGUCAAGAAACGUACCAAGAACGGAAAAACUUCUAUGAAGUUGGAGGAUGAGGAGCCCGUGCCUUCUCAGGAUGAUAAGGACUGGAGUGAGUCUGCAGCUCAGCUUAAGCAACACCAACCCAUGACUCUCCUUGACCCCUCUUCGGCCCCCCUUGCCCAUGAAGACAAUGAAGACAAUGGAGCUGAACAACCACCUCGUGCAGAUGAUGAAGAUGAAAGUGGCGAGGUUUAA